UAUGGUCUCAGCUAAAGAAAGGCGAAGCUAAACAAAAGGGUAGCAUGUAGAUAGCAUUUACUAAAAUAAUAGUAAAAUAUGUAUAAAUUCUGACCGAAAAGACUUGUUUUUAUUAAUUAAAUAAGUGACAAUAUCGUUUACAAUGUAUGUGUACAGUUUAAGUUCUCAAAAUGAAGCUCAAUGCAUCGUGUAAUGGUGGCCAUUAGCAGCAAUAAUUAUGUAUAUUGGCAUUCUUAUUGCUUUACGAAUCCUCAACAACCAAACUGAGAAGAGACUUUCCGCUGUGUCAAGUUAUUUCUGACUGUUCGCUAUGUAAACUGAGUGCUAAAAGUUAUUUAUGUGUGAACAACCUGUGUCCAGUGUAAAUAGCCCGUCGCCUCCGAGCCAUGGCCCAGAAUCAGGGUGAGGUUCAAGUGGGCACGCCGAACCAACCCGUCAAGGAUAAGGAUAUAUAUGCUCUAUUGCCCGAUAUUCGCACAAACGGCCCUCUCGGUCCUGACGAGCCGUGUCCUGGAGGCGAGGAGCUGAGGUGGCUGCCCGCGCAGGCCAACGACCGCGACCUGGUCAUGUACCUGCGCGCCGCGCGCUCCAUGGCAGCCUUCGCAGGCAUGUGCGACGGCGGCUCCCCGGACGACGGCUGCGUGGCCGCCAGCCGCGACGACACCACCAUCAACGCGCUAGACGUACUCCACGACUCGGGCUACGACCCUGGACGCGCUCUACAAGCCCUAGUGAAGUGCCCAGUACCUAAGGGUAUUGAGAAGAAGUGGUCGGAGGAGGAAACAAAACGGUUUGUUAAAGGUAUCCGACAGUUUGGUAAAAACUUCUUUAAGAUUAAGAAAGACUUGUUGCCUCAUAAGGACACUGCAGAGUUAGUGGAAUUCUAUUAUCUAUGGAAAAAGACUCCCGGUGCUAGUAGUAACAGGCCACAUAGGAGAAGAAGGCAAGCGUCUCUAAGAAGAGUGAGGAAUACCAGGAAUUCAAGGGCAGGGACCCCUAAAGAGCAAACACCUGAAGCUACCCCCACAGUGCCAGAGACAAAUGGCUCACGCCCGUCUCCAAAUGCUAAAGAAGCAGGUGAGACUAGUUCAGUCACAGAAGAUGAAAACUCUGAGGAUGACAGUGAUUCCAGAGAUGCUGGUGAACCGCCUAAACCUGAGACUAGACCUGAAAAUCCCGAGGAUUCACCAAGCAGGAUGAGGACUAGAAACAAAUCAAAGGAACAGACUACACCGAAUGGCAAGAAACCACAAGAGGAAAGUGAUACAGACUCUAAACCCAAAAUUAAAACAAAGCCACAAGUGGCACCAAGUACAAAUAAUAAUGUCACAGAAAAGGCACCUCCACCUUCACCAGUGAGUAAAGAGGUAAAGAAACCAGCAAAGGUGGCAAAUGGUAAGGUAGUAGAUGUUUCUAAAGUUAAGAAACGCCUGCCAGAUGAUGGUAAAAUUGAAGGGAUAAUGGAUGGUGAUGUACAAAUGAAGAAGAAAAGGGCAGAUAAUCCACCUGAAAGCCCGUCAGAGAGCCUGACCAAUGACAGCUUCCCUGCAAUGGAUGAGAGUGAACCUCCAGAACCAGAGACUGGAGCAUGUGACUUUAGUAUGGCAAAGACUGUAAAAGAACCUCCUGCACAACCUAACAAAGAGGCUGAAGCUGAACCACCUAAGCCUCCAGAGCCUCCCACUCCUAAAGUAGAAACUAAUCCAGAACCUCUUAUUAAAGUUGAGAAAGAUCCAGUGCCUCCACCACCAUUCAAAGCUGCAACUGAGAAAGAUGACAGAAAUGCACUGGAUCUGAAAACUGUGCCUGAUCCUGUCACACCCAAGGAGCCAGAAGUUAUUGAACCAGCCAAUCAACCUAGACCACUACCACACAACCAAGGGAAUAUGCCAAGUGCUGUAUAUCCUAAAACUGAACUUAUUAUACCUAAGGUAACACCUAUGUCUGUUGAACCUAUGGAGAAGAUUAAAAUCAAAGAAGAAAUUGACACAGAAGAACAUUCUCUUAAUCUUCAGAAAGAGGAGUUCCAGAAAGAUCCCCUUUCACACAAUUUCCCUGGACAUCCAAUGAAUCAGCCAAAGCCACUCAAUUUAGAGCAGCAUACAAACUUUUUUGUCAAAGACUCUCACAUUUACAAUCCCAAAAUCAGCCAUAAUAUUAAAAUUGAAGGUGUACCUAGCAAUAUAUUCAACCCUGUCAACAUGCCCAAGGAAAGCUCUAUUAUAAGAAGUGCUAAAGAUUUCUCACCAGGAUUGCCAUCUUUUCCAUAUCCACCAAACAUGGGAUUUGCACCUAGUGAUCCUAACAAACACAACCUGAUGAACCCACUGAAAACUGUCAUAAAACUGGAACCAAGAGAUGAGGCUGCAGAAUUGAAGAGUCAGAAUGCACCUGAAAUAUUCACUGCAACCAUAUCUACAGGGAAUAAAAUGGAUGCAACUAACACUCCAAGGAUGGAAACUCUGCAAAGAAUAAGCCCAUCACCUACAAAUGUCCGUGGGUCUCCACCACCGAUGGAACACCCCACCAACACCAACACAGAACCAAUAUCUCCAGCCCAUGCACAAGAAAACAAAGAGACUGAGGCUGAAGACAAACAGCCAACUGACCUGAAAACCCAACCCAUGCCCAAGAUGGAGAAUACUGGCCCUUCACUGAGACCUCCGCUGUUCCCACCUCCAGUGCGACCUGAGAACCUAGGAGUACGGUCCACUGAGCCAUCCCCUAUACCUGUGUCGUCACAGAGCAUGCCCCCGCCUCUACACAGCCAGCCGCCGUCAAUGAGCGGCCUCAUGCCGCCAGGACCACUCAUAUCUGUAGGCAGUGGCGCCAACAUAGGACCCUAUGGAUUUAUGCCUUCAUCGAUGUACGGGCACCCCGGUGCUCACCCUGGACACCCAGGCAUGGAUAAGCCAGGCUCAAUGCCUCCCGGGGCCAUGCCACCACUUAUUCAGCAGUUGCCUCCUACGCACGGAGUUCACCCUGGCAGCAUGAUCCCACCACCAUCAAAUCAGAAUGAUUCAAUGCCCCAGGAUCUAAAGAUAAAGCAAGAAAUCCCAGAUAAUAUGCCAGCCAACUUAUCCACACAGGGUAAUGCAGAUCCCCUGCAAUCACUAAAGGAAGUGAAGGUGCCAGGAUACCCGCUCGGCAGUUCAAUAUCGCAGCACCACAGCGCAGAGCGGGAGCGGGAGCGCGACCACCGCGAGCGAGACCGGGAGAGGGACCGCGACCGCGAGCGCGACCGCGAGCGAGACCGCGAGUCCAUCUCCAGCAUGGAGAACAACAGCCGGCCGCCGAGUCAGCCCGCCGACGCGCCGGGGCCGCCCAGCGCCUUCCUCGGCCCGCGCGUCGACAGCAUCAAGAAGGAGCCCGAGUUCCUGCACCAGCCGCACCUGCCGGCCGCCGCGCCCGAGCCGCUCGCGCCCGUCAAGAGCCCGCACACGCCCACGCCGGGCAAGGCGCCGCCCGCCGGCCACGGCUCCGUCAACCACUCCGCCACGUCGCCCUUCUCGCGCCACCUGGCCAGCCCCUCGCACCGCCAGGUGUCCGCGUCGCCCGGCCACCCGCCCGUCUCGCACUCGGCGCUCAACCUCAUGAACUCGGCGCCGCUGUCCAUCCCCGCCACCAUGGCCGGCGCGCACCCGCAGCACCCCUUCGCCUCGCCGCUGCACCACGCGCACCACCCGCUGCUGCACCCCUCCAUCUUCCAGCUGUCGGCCGCCGCGCACGCCAUGCACCCGUACUACGGGCACGCGCACCCGCACGGGCCCUACGCCGUGCCCUACGGCUACUACGGGCCCCUGCCGCACGCCGUGCCGCCGCUGCGCCACGACAAGCCGCUCGAGGCCACCACCAUGCUGAGCUCCUCGCACCACAGCACCAGCUCCUCCGUCACCACGCGCCUGCGCGAGGACGGCGAGGAGCCGCGCCUGCACGAGACCACGCUCACGCACCACCACUCCACCAGCCACCACUCGCAGCUGCACGCCACCAGCGACAAGCCCAGCCACGCCGGGCCCGCCAACCACACGCUGUCCAUCUCGCACUCCACCAGCAGCUCCUCCAGCCAGUCCAUCCACCACAAGAUGAGCGGCGGCGGCGCCAAGCCGGCCCCGGCGCACCUGCACCACCACCACCUGCAGCACCACGAGCGCCUGUCGCCCGCCGACCCCAUGCUGCUGCGCCACCACCCCAAGCUCAUGCCGCCCAACCCGAGCCACCUCAUGAUCCAGCCGAGCGGCAUGGGCCACGGGCUGCUGGGCCUGCCGCCGCCGCCCAGCUCGCUGGAGUCGCUGCGCAUGCACGCGGCCGCCGCCGGCCUGCCGCGCGCGCCCUCGCCGCACGUGCCGCCGCGCCGCGCGCCCGACGAGCCCGAGCUCAAGCCGGAGCCGCCGCCCGAGGACGACGAGGCGCCCAGCCCCGCGCGCGCGCCGCCCGGGCCCAGUCCCGAGCCCAAGAUCGAGGACACGGAGUGCCACCGCUCGCAGUCCGCCAUCUUCCUGCGCCACUGGAACCGCGGCGACUACAACUCGUGCACGCGCACCGACCUCGUGUUCAAGCCCGUGCCGGAGAGCAAGCUGGCGCGCAAGCGCGAGGAGCGGCUGCGCAAGCAGGCGGAGCGCGAGCGCGACGAGCGGGACAAGCUGGCCGCCGCCACGCGCAAGGCCGCCACGCCCGACAAGCCCGAGGGCAAGCCGCCGCGCGCCGAGCCGCCCGCCUCGCCCUACGAGCGCUUCCCGCGCCCGCCCGGCUACCCGGACACGCCGGCGCUGCGCCAGCUGUCGGAGUACGCGCGCCCGCACGCCACCUUCAGCCCCGGCUCGCUGCCGCGCCACUGCAUGGACCCCGUGCUGCAGUAUCAGCUGUCCUCCAUGUACGGCGCCGGCGCGCGCGAGCGCCUCGAGCUCGAGCACCUGGAGCGGGAGAAGCGCGACCGCGAGAUCCGCGAGCUGCGCGAGCGCGAGCUCAACGACCGCCUCAAGGAGGAGCUCAUGAAGAGCAACGCGGGCGGGCGCGUGGACCCGCACUGGCUGGAGAUGCACCGGCGCUACGGGGUGCCGCCGCCGCCGCCCGGCGCCGUGCCCGUGCAGUUCGGCCUGUUCCCGCCCGGCCACGCGCCCGCCGCGCUGUCGCAGCUGGAGCGCGAGCGCCUGGAGCGGCUCGGCAUCCCGGGCGCCGCGCCGCCGCCGCCGCACCACCACCACGCGCAGCUCGAGGCUGCCGAGCGCCUGGCCCUGGCCGCCGACCCCAUGGUGCGCCUGCAGAUGGCCGGCAUCUCGCCCGAGUACCACGCGCACACGCACGCGCACACGCACGCGCACUCGCACACGCACCUGCACCUGCACCCGGGCCAGCAGGCGGCGCAGGCGCAGCAGGAGGCGCUGCAGGCGCUGGGCCCCUACCGCCCGCUGCACCCCGAGCUGCUGGGCCGGCCCUACGCCGAGCAGCUGGCGCAGCAGGCGGCGGCGCACGACCAGCUGCAGCGCCAGCUGCUCAUGGAGCGCGAGCGCGGCUUCCUGCACCCGGGCCACCCCGCGCACCCGGGGCACCCCGCCCACCCCGCGCACCCCGCGCACGACGAGCUCAUGCGCCAGCAGCGCGAGCGCGAGCUGAAGGUGCGCGCGCUGGAGGAGGCGGCGCGCGCCUCGCGCCCCUAGGCCGCCGCGCCCGCGCCCGCCCCGCCCGUGCUACUCAGCGACUGAGCGCGCCCGGGCCCAAACCAUAUUUAUUACAACUUACGUAUUUAAGUUCUUUUGUAAUGGUUUUUAUCGUCGCAUGGUUGUAGUAUGU